CCUCCGCCAUCCGCUCUCCUUCUAUUCUGCUCCUGCACAGAGGCGCUCCUUGCAAGUGGCAAGAUGGCAAUGAAAUUGGCAUACUGGGAUAUACGCGGGCUUGCUCAACCAAUCCGUCUGCUGCUGGAAUACACUGGUACCAAGUAUGAGGAGAAGUUCUAUUCUUGUGGUGACGCUCCCAAUUAUGACAAAAGCUGUUGGUUUAAUGAGAAAGAGAAACUUGGGAUGGACUUUCCUAAUUUGCCCUACCUAGAGGAUGGAGACACGAAAGUGGUCCAAAGCAAUGCCAUAUUGAGAUACAUCGCCCGCAAACAUAACCUCUGUGGGGAAACUGAAGAAGAGCAGAUGAGAGUUGACAUCUUGGAAAACCAGGCGAUGGAUUUCCGCAGUGGUUUUGCCCAACUCUGCUAUGGAGACUUUAACAAAAACAAACCAUGUUACAAUGAGAAAUUGCCAGGAACUCUAAAGCAGUUCUCUGACUUCCUUGGGGACAGGAAGUGGUUUGCUGGGGACAAGAUCACAUUUGUGGACUUCAUCAUGUAUGAGCUGUUGGAUUUGCAUCGCAUGUUUCACCCGGAGUGCCUGGAUGACUACAGAAACCUGAGAUCUUUCCUGGAUCACUUUGAGAGCCUUGAGAAGAUGGCAGAGUACAUGAAGUCGGGCAAGUUCAUGAAAACACCUGUGAACAACAAGAUGGCCAAAUGGGGAAACAAGAAGGAGUGAAAAUGACAAGAUUUUGUCUUGAUUUUUUUGGUACAACAUUUUAACCUUCCCAAUAAAAAAAGGAUUAGUUAAAUUUACAUCCUAAUGAUAUAGUGUAUUAGAUAUUUCCCUGUUCAGAUUUUCAAUGUUUGAAUUGUAAAAAAGCAUGAACUUCAGGACCUAAUUUUGACCCAAUAAAGCAGAGCAUUGUUGAGUUCAGUGCAUUUAAA